GCGUUUCAAAUCCAUCAUGCAGAUCCCGGUGUUCCUCCUCUUGGUCAUACUGGCCUCCCUCCUGGGAUCGGCCGUUUCCCAGCAGAAUAAAACAAAGGGAAAAACAAGGGAAAAGUGGUGCAGACUGAACCUGGGACCGGCCUAUGGUGGCAGAUGCGGGAGAUAAGCACAUUAAGCACAUUGUUGUUAUAAUAAACAAUUGGGAUUGCCAAGAUUGCCAAGAUCCGCCAAUGGU